CGAUCAAUCUCGGUCAUUCCCGGCCCAACUUACCAUGUUUCCCUCUUCGAGGGGGCCGCCUUCCAUGGUUCCAUGCCAGAAGAGGCGUAUCUAGAUAGAUCCUAGCAACCGAGAGGCUUCGGUGGUGGCCUGCCAAGGCUGCCGCCUCAAAUGCGCUUGGCGGACCCGACCAAUGGCAGGCUUGUUACAGCGUCAUGGCCGCAUCAGAUCGCGAUGCCCGGUCAGUCCUCGACCAUCUGAUGUUACCUUGAUCCCGGUGACCCCGGCGACUGGCGUACAGUACGGCGGCUCAAGUUGGUCUUGGUGGUACUGUACGGAUACCGAGUCGGUUUGCUUUCCUUUCUUUUACUACUUCUUCUUCUACUUCUGCCUCUCUUCUGCUCCUUCUUCCUCUCACUCACUUUCACCACUAUCCUCAAGAAACAGACCUCUAUCCACCAUAACCUUCUCUUGCCUCCCUCUGUCUCUAUCUCUUCUCCCUCUCUCUCUCUCUCUCUCACCCCCCCCCCAAUUGUUGUAGUGGCCGUGCCUCAGAAUAAGAGAUGGGCCACAAAGGAGAUGGCUCCCCCGACACGCCUGUCGAGAAACAAUACGCCACGGACUUAUUCACGGCCGAGGAGAAUGUUGAGCCUAUACCGGGUGACAAUGAGCUUCAUCGUGCCCUCAAAGCCCGGCACAUUACCAUGAUCGGUA